AUGAAGUGCGCCGUUCUCAUCCUGACCGUCCUGGCAGUGGCCAGCGCCGAGUGGAUCGAUAUCGAUUGGUCGCAGGUCCGACCGAUCGAAGAGUUCGAUCACUACUGGACUCGCCUGCCGCAAGAACUGCAAUUCUUGCGUAACAUCCACCCGUCUGCCAGGGUCACCAAUGGUGCGGAAGCAACUCCCGGUCAGUUCCCUUACCAGAUCGCACUGCUUAGCCAGUUCCUCCUUGGCACAGGGCUGUGCGGUGGAACAGUUCUCACCAACAACUUUAUCCUGACUGCGGCUCAUUGCGUUAUUAAUGCCCGAGGAGGUACUGCCAUCAUCGGAGCCCACAACCGCAACAUCGUUGAAGCCACCCAGCAGCGUAUUGCGUUCAGUCAGGGGGGAAUUAAUAUCCAUGCCGGAUAUACUUCGACCAACAUCCGCAACGACAUUGCGACCGUUCGUUUGGACAGCCCAAUCACCUUCAAUGAUCGUGUGCAGCCAGCCCGCAUACCGACCCGUUCGGAUUCCCGCACUUUCUCCGGCUUGACUGGUACCGUUUCAGGGUUCGGUCGUACUUCCGACGCAAGCCAGGCUACUUCGGCUGUCGUUAGGUUCACCAGCAAUCCAAUCAAGACCAACGCCGAUUGCUUGGCCCGUUGGGGCGGAAACGCCAACCUGAUCCAGGACCAGAACAUCUGCAUGACCGGCGAGGGUGGUCGUUCUGCCUGCAAUGGUGAUUCCGGUGGCCCACUGACUGUGCAGGAUGGUGGAAGCAGCCUGCAGGUCGGUAUUGUGUCGUUCGGAUCCGCUGGUGGAUGUACCAUCGGUAUGCCAUCGGUUUACGUGCGUGUGACUUUCUUCCUGGAUUGGAUUGAAGCAAACUCCGACUUCGUGGCCUCCAACUAAAGUGAUAGGCGAUUGGCGAUGAGUGUGAUAUUUUAGCUACUAAAAUACU